GGCCCGGCGUUUAAAGCUCACCGUUUUCAUGAAAAAGCGCGCUCUAUUCACAAAUAUGGAUAAAGCCCCUGUGAUAUGUGAAUGAAUCCACACUAAUUUAACACACGAGAUAAUGGCCGAAUUCGGGCGCCCCCAUUUCUCCACGCUCUGAACGCCCCAUUAAUGCUGUCGCCUGCCAUACCCGGACCCAUCCAGCAAGGCAUUUGCCUUCAAAAUACCAAUGAGGAUGCGUAAUGGAGGAAGGGUUUCUCUGGACGACUCUGACAUUCAUGGCUGUUGCGAGUGUUCUGGCACCUGUCGCAGGAAGCGAGCACGUGAAAAAGAAAAACAUCGAGGAAAGCCUGGAAGCCAUCCACGACGUGGAGACGAAAAGUCUGGGUUUGUUGUGUGUCACCGAGAAAUUCCGAUCGUUAAGCGUACCUUUAGCAACGGCGCGAUUCGAAUCAGCACGGCAAAAAGCAGAUCUCGUCGCCACCCUUUUGCAAGAUCUCGGAGUGGCCCACCACAACGGUUUACAAGGUGCAGUCUCAAAAAACCUUCUAGUCUCCGACCAAAGCGUCCUUUCAGCCCGUGUGUUGACAAUGAAUGCGACUUCUGGCACUUUGAUAAACUGUGCUUGGUGGCAACGCCAAGGUCUGGAUGUUGGAGAACCACGAAAACUGCGUUGCGAUGAAUUUUUGGAAAUGGGUCAUAGACCACCUUCGGAAUAUCCAUGGUAUGAAGACGCGGGGUCUAGUCCGAGUUUGCGUUCCCCCAAAUUUAUGAAAAGUUUACCAAAUGUCUCCUACAAGGGGUGGUGGACCUAUCCUUACUAUUCGUGCAAGUCGACGAGGUGGCUGAUUUCGUACAGCGUUCCCAUACCACCGCCGGGGCGUGGAGGUCUGAAAGGUUUCUUGAGUUUGGACGUGGAUGUGUCGCACCUGGAAGUCAAUCAGUGCGAGUCAACCACACCCAUUCCGACAAAUUCCAAUGAAAUAUCAAUCUUCCAUGGGACACACAAAUGUCACAACAGCACAUCUCAAUGUGUAUACCAAGCGCAAACAGCUUCCUCUAAUUGGUCCAGAGGGAAGUAUCUCUGCGUGUGCCGACCUGGCUAUUAUUCGCCGCAUUACGACGGCGUUUUCAACGGGACUCUAGUCGAAGUUUCGUGGCAAAAUCGCAAGGAGAACGGCAGCGAGGGCGACUCCUGGAGCACGAUUUUCCAGUGUAGGAAAUGCGCUCCAGGGUGUCACUCUUGCACAGACCCUUCGCCGUGUCUCGCCACAUAUCACUGGCCCUUCAGGAUCACUCUACUGGUUUUCAGUGUUAGUUGUGCCCUUUGCACCAUGAUUAUCAACAUCUACAUGUUCAAACACCGAAAACUCAAAGUUUUCAAAGUCGCUAGUCCGAUUUUUCUCAGUAUUACACUCUUCGGUUGUGCGAUUAUGUACCUGGAAAUGGCUGCGAUUUUUCCGGUUUUGGACACUUACUCUUGUAUUGCGACCAAAUGGUCGCGACAUUUAGGUUUCUGUAUCACGUAUACCGCGCUUUUGAUGAAGACUUGGAGAGUUUCGUUAACUUAUAGGGUCAAGUCGGCCCACAAAGUCAAACUAACUGAUAAGCAACUUUUACAGUGGAUGGUCCCCAUUUUGUUAGUUAUGUUGAUUUAUUUGGGAACGUGGACGCUUUCGGAUACUCCAACAGCUGAAGAAAUAGUCGAUAAUGAGGAUUUGAGGUUCAAACAGUGUGUUUAUAACUGGUGGGAUCACAGCUUAGCUAUUGGUGAGGUCUUGUUUCUGGCGUGGGGCAUCCGAGUGUGCUACAACGUCCGCAACGCCGAAUCCCUCUUCAACGAAGCAAGAUUAAUCAGUUACGCCAUCUACAACAUUGCUAUUGUAAACAUCCUCAUGAUCGCUUUCCACUUGUUUAUCUUCCCCCGUGCUGGCCCGGACAUAAAAUAUUUGUUGGGUUUUAUCAGAACUCAAUUAUCCACAAGCGUGACCGUGGCUUUGGUCUUUGGACCAAAAAUAAUUCGAGUAUUACGCGGGUUGGGCGAUCAAUGGGACAACCGAGCCAGAUCCAGGGGGGUCACAGCGUCCUUUUCCCUCAACGGAAUUGGUCUCGUACCGGAAGAAGCCCCCGAUUUGUACCAAGAAAACGAAGAAUUGAAAGAAGAAAUACAAAAAUUAGCCGCGCAGAUUGAGUUUAUGAAGAUUGUUCACAUGGAAAUCAACAACAGACACGUCAAACCCAAAAGUGGGGGGUAUUUUACUACGUUGAAUGCCCCAACUGUGGUCCACAGCCCCUUAUCGAGGCAAGGGUGCUUGCUUAGUAAAGCCCCGGAGGAACUGUGACCCCAGGACGGGUACAGAAAUAGGCCAGUUUUUGUUUAAAUUUUAGGAAGUAGUCUUCCAUUAUUCAUUUCUCCUUCUGCUCAAUUACAAAAAACCUUCUUUUAUUCAGAAUCAAAAAGCUAAAUAAUGACUGAUUUUUAUAAUAGAUUAUAGAAUUGCUUACCUUGUGUGAUAUUCUAGGGAAAGAAGUUAGUCGCGGUAGGAGUCACUAGAACGACAUAUUUAUUAUAAAGACAAAACUGUUUGAUGUGAAUUAAUGUUGAUCUAUGUCAGAAAUUUAAACAUCAAUGUUGAAAGAUGUAUGUUUUGUUGAUUAAUUUAUAAAUGUGUAGGUUGUUCAAUAAAUUACAAAUUUUUCCUUCAGAAAAAAAUUCUGAAGCAAAAAUUUCCACCAGUUGAGCGGUACGGGAAUAAAAAACAAUUUUUUUAUUUAUUUAAUUUCACUAUUUUACCUGGUUCAAAAAAUCGUUUACCCGCCACUGAGUUUCCCUCUGUUGCUAUGACAAUUUUCAUUUUUUUAUUUUUGUUACCAUAGUUACACAGUGCGUUUCUAUAGUAACGAUACAAAUCCCCUCACAUGUGCGACUCGCCAGGGACGGAAAAAUGGUUUUCAAAAAUUUUUAUUCCCCUACUCUUCACUUUUGUGAUAGAUAACGUAGUCGGUGAACGACAAUACAAUAUAUCAAUUACUCAAAACGUCUAAUGCCAGUACCUGUGUGUUUAUAAAAAAAAAAAAUUGCCAACAACUCAGAUUUAAAUAUUCAUAGUUAAUGUUUGUUGUUCUCGAUGUUGACAAUUGAUGUUUUUGUGUCAAAAGUCUGUAGUACAAAAAUGGUAAAAUGAGCCCUCACAAAGGAAUUUAUAAUAAAUUUUAUAAAUUUCACAAUUUUUUUUGUAUUGCAGACUGAACUUGUAGCACUUGGUAUUUAAUCUGAAAUUGUUGGCUUAAUUUUCGGUACUGUCGUUAUUUUUCUAAGUUAUUGUUAAUUUAUUCUCAAAUGUUCUAUAUAUUUGUAUUACAACAAUAAAUGUGUUUGUAAAA